CUGCUGUUGAACACAGCGACGACUUUCUGAAACCGCCACCUCCUUCCUUCCUUCCUUCUCACAUGGAGCUCAGACCAAUUGUAUAGUGUAUUUUAUAUAUAUAUAUAUAUAUAUAUAUAUACGUAUACAUAUACGUAUAGAGGGAGAGAGAGUAAGAGGAAGGGAAUUUCAGAGAGAGAGAGAGAGAGAGAGGGAAAAUGGGUUGUGGGAAUAUGUUCUUCAGCUUACUGGUAACCUUCUCGGUGGCACUGAUAACAUACAACAUAAUAAUCUCAGCCAGUGCUCCUCUGAAGCAGGAACUCCCAGGUCCUUCACGCUCUUCUUCUUCGUUUUCGAUUUCGGUGGACCCCAUUAUCAAGAUGCCUUUGGACAGAUCACGAAGACCCAGUUCCAAGAGGCUCUUCCACACGGCGGUCACGGCCUCUGACUCCGUCUACAACACUUGGCAGUGCAGGAUCAUGUACUAUUGGUUCAAGAAGUUCAAAGCCAAACCCAAUUCCGAGAUGGGUGGCUUUACCAGGAUUUUGCAUUCUGGGAAGCCUGACAAGUACAUGGAUGAGAUCCCAACUUUUAUUGCCCAGCCUUUGCCUGCUGGGAUGGAUCAGGGUUAUAUAGUUCUUAACAGACCAUGGGCAUUUGUACAGUGGCUUCAGCAAGCAGACAUUAAAGAAGAUUAUAUACUGAUGGCAGAACCAGAUCACAUUAUUGUCAAGCCGAUCCCAAACUUAUCUAAAGACGGGCUUGGUGCUGCAUUUCCUUUCUUCUAUAUUGAGCCUAAAAAGUAUGAGUCAGUCCUCAGGAAGUACUUCCCCAAGGAUAGGGGACCAAUAACUAACAUUGACCCGAUUGGAAACUCUCCCGUAAUUGUUGGGAAGGAAUCUCUCAAGAAGAUUGCUCCUACUUGGAUGAAUGUUUCCUUGGCAAUGAAGAAGGAUCCUGAAACAGAUAAAGCAUUUGGUUGGGUGCUUGAAAUGUAUGCUUAUGCUGUUUCGUCUGCUUUACAUGGUGUUGGUAAUAUCUUGUACAAGGACUUCAUGAUUCAGCCUCCAUGGGAUAAAGAACUUGGCAACAAGUUGAUAAUUCAUUACACGUAUGGAUGUGACUAUAAUAUGAAGGGAGAAUUAACAUAUGGAAAGAUUGGAGAAUGGAGAUUUGACAAAAGAUCUUAUGAUAAAGUUGUAAUUCCAAGAAACCUUCCUCUUCCUCCUCCUGGUGUUCCAGAAAGCGUGGUGACACUGGUGAAAAUGGUCAAUGAAGCCACAGCAAACAUUCCAAAUUGGGGGUCAUAGAGAAGUUGCUGAGGCAGAAAUCUGUGCAAUGUACAACACUGGUUCUGAUAGAGAUGCCACUAUGAAAAUGUUGUGAUUUUUUUUGUUAAUUAAAAAAAAAUUGGAUUGUAAUAGCGCCCUCCCUUUUCAUUUUGUUUUUCUUGUAUACUUUGACAAGAUCUGUAACUCUAUAUACAGCUGUAAAAUGUUUUGUAUAACACAACAUACGUAUCUAUUAGUUAAUGCUUCGAAUUGCAAAGAAACUGGGACAUCAUUUCUCAAA